AUGCAACUAGCGUUUCUGGACUUUGAAGCCGCGUUCGACUCUCCUCACCGAGGCCGUCUUCUCAACGCGCUUCGAGCCGAUGGAGUACCAGGAAAGUUCGUGGUAACUGGAGUAGGACAAGGGGCAGUGGCAGGACCCUUCCUGUUCAAUUUCGCCAUCGACGACAUUAUGCGAAGAACAGUCGACCAGUGUCCUGCCGAUAUUGUCUUAGCACCAUCAGAGUGCCCCUUGACUGACCUCGAGUACGCCGACGAUGUUGUUACAUUCGCGGAAAGCAGUACGAAACUCCAACAUGUUGUCAACCUUGUAUCGAAGCUGGCUGCAGCCUAUGGACUACAUCUACGCCCUGAUAAAUGCAAGCAGAUGUGGAUCUCUUUGAGACCUCGAACGGGAAUCAGGGUGAACGGACAACCGAUAGAACUCGUCGAUGAGUUCUGUUUCCUGGGCUGUACGCUGAAGAUCAACUACGAGUAUCUACGAGAGAGAUGUUCAGCAAAGAUGCGCUAA